AUGCUCCAGGAAGCGCUGAAAGAGCUGAUUUGCAGUGACGGGCUAAGUAUGGGGCGGGACUUCCGGGGCAGCCGUAACCAGCCCUAUGAAAUGGAUAUAAUCAACCUCUUUCUACAAAGGACAGUAAUGCUUACAAGAGGGAUCAGCAGUGUGAAUCAGCUGGGGGGGCUUUUUGUGAAUGGCCGACCCCUGCCCCUGAGCACCCGGCAGCAGAUCGUGCAGUUGGCGGUCAGCGGGAUGCGCCCCUGUGACAUCUCCCGGAGUCUGAAGGUAUCUAAUGGCUGUGUGAGCAAGAUCCUAGCACGUUAUUACCGCACUGGUGUCUUGGAGCCCAAGGGGAUAGGGGGAAGCAAGCCACGCCUGGCCACACCCCCUGUGGUAGCUCGAAUUGCCCAGCUGAAGGGUGAGUGUCCUGCCCUCUUUGCCUGGGAGAUCCAACGCCAGCUCUGUGCCGAAGGGCUCUGCACUCAGGACAAGAUUCCCAGUGUCUCCUCCAUCAACCGUGUCCUGCGGGCACUCCAGGAGGACCAGAGACUGCCCUGGGCACAGCUCAGAUCGCCAGCUGUUUUGGCUCCCACCCCUCACACUCCCCAUGGUGGCUCUGAGGCUCCCCGGAGUCCCCACCCAGGGACUGGCCACCGGAAUCGGACUAUCUUCUCCCCAGGCCAAGCCGAGGCGCUGGAGAAAGAGUUCCAGCGUGGGCAGUAUCCCGAUUCAGUGGCCCGUGGAAAGCUGGCCGCUGCCACCUCUCUGCCUGAGGAUACCGUGAGGGUCUGGUUUUCUAACCGAAGAGCCAAAUGGCGCCGACAAGAGAAGCUCAAGUGGGAAAUGCAGAUUCCAGGUGCUUCCCAGGAUCUGAGUCUACCAAGUACCUCCCCAGGGGCCACUUCAGCACAGCAGUCACCAUGCAGUGUGCCCACAGCGGUCCUGCCUGCCCUUGAAUCCUUGGGUCCCUCCUGCUAUCAGCUGUGCUGGGGGACAGCAUCAGACAGGUGCCUCAGUGACUCUCUCAAGCCCUGCUGGGGUAAGAAUCCACAAGCGAGCUCCCUGGAUUCAGUCCUGCUCUGCCACCCUUGUCCUUCCUUCCAUUGCCCCCAUUGCCAGUCUUGGUGCCCCUGA